AUGAGCGUACCUGAGAAGUAUAUUAUCAAAUCGGGAGACACUUCUCCGUCGCCACAAAACUCGGAUAUCGAGAUUGGCACUGUCGAAGAACCUACUAGCAACGGAGAUGAAGCACUGAACUUUCUCAAGAAUGCACACGACGUGGGCGAACUUACGCCAGAGGGCGAAAGAAGGUUACUACGAAAGAUUGAUUGGAUGAUAAUGCCGUUGAUGUGGUGCUGUUACUGCUUGCAGUAUCUGGACAAAACAUUGGUCAACUACGCAGCAGUCAUGGGUCUCUAUGACGACGCAAACAUAACCACCGACCAGUUUUCCAACCUCGCCCUCUUCUUCUACGUCUCCUACCUUAUCGUAGAGUUCCCUCACGGCUACGGCAUGCAACGUUUUCCCACAGCCAAGUACCUCGGAACAGCUGUAAUUUUCUGGGGCUUGAUAACAGCUCUGACCUGCGUCUGCAAAAACUAUGGCGCCUUGGUAGCAACUCGAGUGCUACUGGGUUGCUUUGAAUCGGCCGUAGCACCGAGCUUGAUUCUGAUAACGUCCAUGUGGUACAAGAAAAAUGAACAACCGCUACGCACUGGUAUCUGGUAUCUAGGUACUGGUACAGGAACGAUGAUCGGAAGUUUGAUUAGUUUUGGGUUCCAGCAUUACAGCAGUGAUACGUUCACCAGCUGGCAAAUCAUGUUUCUCGUCGUUGGUGUCGUUACAAUAGCUGUCGGCAUAACUGUCUUAUUCGUCCUCCCCGAUAACCCCAUGUCCUCGCGCCUGACGCCAUCCGAAAAAGUGUGGGCCAUCGAGCGCCUCCGCGAGAACCAGACUGGAAUUGAAAACACACACUUCAAAUUCUAUCAAGUGGUCGAAUGCUUUAAAGACCCGCAGACGUGGAUGCUAUCUCUCAUCACUAUAUCAUCAAAUGUGCCCAACGGCGCUGUAUCCUCGUUUCAGUCGACGCUCAUCAAGUCCUUUGGCUUUGACUCCAAAACCACAGCUCUCCUACAAUUACCUUCAGGCUGCGUCAGUAUCAUCUCAAUCCUCAUCGCAACAUACCUAGCCGGCCGCUUUGACCAACGCGGCCUGAACGUCGUGUCCCUCUUAAUCCCCGGCGCCCUCGGCGGUUGCCUCAUGGCCUUCCUCCCCGGCGACGCCAAAGCCGGAAAGCUAAUCGGAAACUACCUCACCAACUGCAUCGGCGCCAGUUUACCUCUACUCUACUCAUGGGUCGCAGCCAACAUCGCUGGCCACACGAAGAAAGUCACUAUGAACGCUAUACUGCUCAUGUCAUUUUGUCUAGGUAAUAUCAUCGGUCCGUUGACGUUUAGGCAAGAGGAUAAACCGGAGUUUAUCCCUGCUAAGAUUACUAUCGUUGUCACGUGUGCGUUUGCGGCGGGUAUGGCGAUACUGCUGCGCGCGUAUUAUACGUGGGAGAAUAAGAAGAGGGAUAGAGAAGAGACGGUGGGGCAUUUGGAGAAUGAGGAGUUUUUGGAUUUGACGGAUCGUGAAAAUAGGAGGUUUAGGUACCGUUUGUAG